AUGGCCGAAAACAUCACUCAGGGUAACACAUUUAUCCGUUCGGCUACAGCCCAAGGGCUUGCUGGUCUUUUUACUUGGGCAGCUCUUCUUAUUACCAGUCACCAGAUUUAUCAACAUCUACGCUGGUAUUCCUGUCCUACGGAGCAGAGAUGGAUCGUGCGUAUUCUGUUCAUCGUUCCAAUUUAUGCAUUUGAUUCGUGGCUGAGUCUCAUAUUCUUCUCCGACAACGUGUACAUUUACUUCAAUUCUAUUAGGGACUGUUACGAAGCAUUCGUAAUUUAUUCGUUUUUGUCACUGUGUUAUGAGUAUCUCGGUGGAGAAAGCAAUAUCAUGGCGGAAAUUCGUGGAAAGCCAAUAAAACCUAUAAGUUACUACACAUGCACGUGCUGUCUCGCUGGUAAACAAUACACAAUCGAAUUUCUGCGUUUUUGCAAACAGGCAAGAAUUUCAUUCCGUUUCCAUGCCACAUUACAAUUUUGUUUCAUCAAACCGAUUAUGGCGGUGCUAACAUUGUUUCUAGUUGGAAUGGGAAAAUAUGAAGACGGCAAUUGGAGUGCGGACCAAGGGUAUCUAUAUAUCACUCUUGUGUACAACGUUUCCAUAUCUCUUGCUUUAUACGGUCUAUUUCUUUUCUAUACUGCUACACGUGAACUUCUCAGUCCCUAUAGCCCAGUACUAAAGUUCCUUACAGUAAAAAGCGUGAUCUUUUUGUCGUUUUGGCAAGGAUUUCUUAUUGCAAUUCUUGGUGCUACGUCAGCUAUUGAUCCUGUAGUGGACGCUAAUGGUCACGAAGUCAUAGGAAGAGGGACUGUCGCAGCUGGAUAUCAGAAUUUCCUCAUUUGCAUCGAGAUGUUCUUUGCAGCCAUCGCCCUGAAGUUUGCGUUUGGUGUUUCUGCUUACUCGGAUGCCCACUCCGUUAGUCACUCGAACGAUGGACGCCCAGUAACAUUGCAGUCAAUCAGUUCAUCGCUGAAAGAAACGAUGAAUCCGAAGGACAUCAUGCAGGAUGCUAUUCACAACUUCCAUCCUCAGUAUCAACAAUACACACAGCAUUCGAAUCCGCAACGCUCGGUCAGUGGUAACCUGGAACCAGGGUCUGGCAAGCACCAACGAGAGGUCGGAGAACGAUUUGGCUCACAAGCGGACUACAUCCCACUCAGAAACUCAGCAGGCGACUCUGGAUCAAUGGCCCUUCCUGACUCUGUACCAGCAGCGGUCUGUCUACAAUCCGUUGCUUUGAACAGGAAUCAACUCGUCGACCACAAGCUUUCGCCCGCGGCACCGAGCACUAGCCGGGAUGAGCAACGUUUGGCGAGCAGCUCUAGCGGUACGAAUUAUUCAAGCAUGGCGUACACUGGUUUACAUGGGGUUUCCACACCUACAACACCGGUUGUUCCUACAGGCAAUCUUCUCGACGCAUAG